UAGAGAAGAGGAAGGGAGUAGUGAAUGACAGGCACAAAGCCAGUGGAGCCUGUGCUGUUUUUCCACCGUUCCCAGCUUUGACAGUUAUGAGCAACAACGAGACGAAAAGACAACUGUAAAUAAAGCCAAGAGAGCACGGCACACAGCCUGAGGAAAAGUAAUUACCAGAGUUCUGUUUCACUCUUGAGUUGCUGGAAAUACAGUCAGUUGGGUUUGUGGACUCUAUUUUUUUAGACGGCUAACACACACACACACACACACACACACUCAAACAGAAGGAGUACUGGUUGCUGAAAGUGUUUUUGGGCUUCUGUGGAGGAAAGCCGGCAUGGAUGUUGGUUUCUCUUUGCGUUCGGAGGCAGCAGGAGUUAUGAGGACAGCGCUGGUGUCUGCUGAGAACUUACAGCUCACUCUGAAGACCGAGCUGAGUCAGGAAGAACAGGCCCUCACACACACCAACAGUAGCCCCAAGGAGACAAACAAAGCCGGGAAUGAAGACCUUAAAGAGAUGUUGGAGAGCAACAAAGAGUCGCUCAAACUGGAGGCCAUGAAAAGGGUCGUCGGGCUGAUUGCCAAAGGGAAAAAUGCAUCUGAGCUAUUUCCUGCUGUGGUGAAGAACGUUGCAAGUAAGAACAUCGAGCUUAAGAAGCUGGUGUAUGUCUACCUGGUGAGGUAUGCAGAGGAGCAGCAGGACCUGGCUCUACUAUCCAUCAGCACCUUCCAGCGGGCCCUGAAGGACCCAAACCAGUUCAUCCGGGCCAGUGCACUGAGGGUUUUGUCCAGUAUCCGUGUCCCCAUAAUUGUCCCCAUCAUGAUGCUGGCCAUCAAGGAGGCAGCAGCUGACCUGUCCCCAUAUGUCAGGAAGACUUCUGCCCAUGCUAUCCAGAAGCUCUUCAGUCUGGAUCCAGACCAGAAGGAGCAGCUGAUCGAAGUGAUAGAGAAACUAUUGAAAGAUAAAAGCACACUGGUGGCUGGCAGUGUGGUGAUGGCCUUCGAAGAAGUCUGUCCAGAUCGCAUUGACCUGAUCCAUAAGAACUACAGAAAGCUGUGUAACCUGCUGGUGGAUGUGGAGGAGUGGGGCCAGGUGGUCAUCAUCUCCAUGCUGACGCGCUAUGCCAGGACGCAGUUCACCAGUCCCUGGAAGGAGGGUGCUGUGUUUGAUGAGAACAAUGAGAAGACGUUCUAUGACUCUGACUCUGAGGAGAAAAAAGGCCAGAUUGAGGCCAAGCCUUACAUCAUGGAUCCAGAUCACAGACUGCUGCUCAGGAACACUAAACCUCUACUGCAGAGCAGGAACACUGCUGUGGUGAUGUCUGUUGCCCAGCUCUACUGGCAUCUGGCCCCUAAACAUGAAGUUAGCAUUGUCACUAAGUCACUGGUUCGACUACUAAGAAGCCACAGAGAGGUGCAGUACAUUGUGCUUCAGAAUAUCGCCACAAUGUCCAUUCAGAGAAAGGGGAUGUUUGAGCCCUUCAUGAAGAGUUUCUAUGUCAGAUCUACAGAUGCCACACAUAUCAAAACACUGAAGUUGGAGAUCCUGACCAACCUUGCCAAUGAAGCCAACAUCUCUACUAUCCUGAGGGAAUUUCAGACUUACGUGAAGAGUCAGGACAAGGCAUUUGCGGCAGCCACGAUUCAGGCCAUCGGCAGAUGUGCCACCAACAUCUCUGAGGUGACAGACACCUGUCUCAACGGGCUGGUGCUGCUCCUUUCCAACAGAGAUGAAACUGUGGUGGCUGAGAGUGUUGUUGUGAUCAAAAAGUUGCUUCAGACUCAGCCCACCCAGCACAGUGAGAUCAUCAAACACAUGGCCAAGCUCUUCGACAACAUCACUGUUCCCAUGGCCCGAGCAAGCAUCCUGUGGCUGAUGGGAGAGUACUGCGAGAGGGUACCAAAGAUUGCACCUGAUGUUCUUCGGAAGAUGGCAAAGACUUUCACGAUAGAGGAGGACAUUGUCAAGCUGCAGACAGUCAACCUAGCAGCCAAACUUUACCUGACCAACUCUAAGCAGACCAAGCUGCUGACCCAGUACAUCCUGAACCUCGGCAAAUACGACCAGAACUAUGAUAUCAGGGACCGAACACGCUUUAUAAGACAGCUCAUAGUCCCCAGCGAGAAGAAUGGAGCCCUCAACAAGUAUGCUCGACGCAUCUUACUGGCCCCCAAACCAGCUCCGGUGCUUGAGUCCGCCUUCAAAGAUCGAGACCGUUACCAACUGGGCACUCUCUCCCACAGUCUCAACAUUAAAGCUACCGGAUACCAGGAACUCUCGGACUGGCCGGCUGUUGCUCCUGACCAGUCUGUGAGGAACGUGGAGGUCAUUGAGCCAGUGAAAGAGUGGGCACCAUUAGUUGGGAAGGCCAAGCAAACCAAAUCUGAUGACAAGUUCUACUCAGAUGACGAAGAUGAGAAAGAAGAGGAAGGAUCUGAUAGCAGUGGCAGUGAAGAUAGCAGCAGCAGCAGCAGCAGCAGCAGCAGCAGUGAAGAGUCAGGCAGUGAGAGCGAGGAGGAAAGCAGUGAAGAGUCAGAAAAGACCUCCAGUGAUUCUGGAAAGAGUUCAAGUGGAUCUGAAGAGAGCUCCAGUGAAUCAGAAUCAGACAAAAACAAGAAGAAGAAAAAGACCAAGAAGGCGCCGCAGAAGAAAAGCAAGCCAACUGCUGCUGACAGUGACUCAGAUGAAAAUGGUAAUGGACCUGUAGCCCAUGCCAGCAGCUCAUCAGCUGAAACCUCCUCUGGCUCAGAGACAGACUCCGAAGACGACUCUGAUUCAGACUCUCCCACAGUACAAAAGAAGAAAAGUGAUGUGAAAUCCAAAGCCAAGGUGGAAGUGAAGUCCAAGAGGGAAGUCUCUUUACUGGAUCUAGAUGACUUUUCCCCAGCACCUACAAAUGUACCAAAGUCUGCAGUCCUCUCUUCGAGCCUGUUGUCCGACCUCGAAGGCCUGUCUCUCUCCAAUGUCUCCUCCACCAUGCAGGUCACUACUCCAUCUUUCGGCCCUGUGAAAACCUACGAGCUGCUUCACCAUAUGACAGGAAAAGGUCUCUCUGCCAAAUAUCAUUUCCCCAGGCAGCCAUGUCUGUACCAGCCCAGUAUGGUGGCAGUACAGGUCAUACUGACCAAUGGCUCGGAUCACAGUUUGGAGGAGAUCCAUAUAGGAGACCGAAACCCUGCGAGCCUGAACAUCCACUGCUUUAACACUAUCGAGCGCCUGGAGCCAGAGGCCUCGGUGACAGUUUCCAUGGGUAUUGACUUCAGCGACUCGACACAAGCAGCCAACUUCCAGUUGUGCACCAAGGAGGACCAAUUUAAUGUGUCCAUCCAGCCUGCUGUAGGAGAGCUAUUAAUGCCCAGCAGCAUGACAGAACAGGACUUCUGCAAAGAGCAAGGUAAGCUCUUGGGCAUGAAUGAGACCUCGGGAACCAUCACCAUGGCAACAGCAAACGCCUCUAGCCAGGCCAUCAGCAAGCAGGUCCUGUCUGUGGCCAAUGUAGGAGUGGUUUCCUCCAGCCAGAACAACUUCCACAGGUUUGCCGGGCAGACGGUCAGCAGCGGAGCUCUGGUCUUGGUGUCACUGGAGGUCAAGGAGUCCUCCUCUGCCCUGCUCACGAUCAACACAGAAAAGAGCGUCAUGGCGUCCAUGUUGCUGCGAGACCUCAAACAGGCCCUCGCCCAAGCAUAGAGCUCCCUCUCCCUCCAGGUCCUUUUGGUAAAGGUAAAGGGGAACAGCACUUGAUUAAGUAUUUCAGCCAUUUUAUUCCUGCGGUUUGGGACAAUUCAGGCAUCCAGAAUCCAGAGAGUGAAGAACCAGAGCUUAAACUUGUGUGCUCACAGAGAAUGAACUGUAAACUAUGGAAGAGCACUCGUGCAGCGAUUCUUAUUUUUAUGGUCUGAUGCUUUGGAGAGGAUUGUCCUGAACCACGGGAAUAACUUGGUGAAAGUCCUGAAUAAAGUGAUGAUCCCCUGUUGAACACACAGAAGGCAUCAUGGAAGUGAUAAUACAUUUUAAACUGUGACAGUGCCCUCGACUAUUUCUGUUCCACCGUGUCCUUUAUAAGUCACGCCUAAACGUGACACUCCAUCAUGAAAAUGUCAAACUAACUCGUCACUUACCUUGGUAGUGACAAUUAAAAUUUCAUGGCAUUUCCAGUUUUGACCAAGGAUCAGUAUGUACAAAUAUUUGGGAGAGAGAGUAGACCGCUGCCCCACACACAGUGCCACAGGCCAAGUUUUCAGCCCCUGUUCAGUGUCUUUACGAAUGGAUAUACUCCACCGAGAAAUUUAGAGCAUCGAUGUCCAACUGUAUUUCACUGACAUUUGUGCCUGAGCCAAGUGACCCCGUGUUCGCAUCGAUAAACUUUGUUCUUUAGUGCCAAGAAUGGCAGAAAAGGAGGAUUUCUCCAUUCGCCUUUUCAGCCCAUCUAAACAUUGUCAUACAUUUAUAAACCUUUAGAAGCUUUUGUAACACCAAACUAGUCUCUGUGCCUGAUGUAGUUUUACAUUCCGAUCUUUAAACUGCCCCAAAAUCAUAUUUGUAUAAGUGCCUUCUACAUGAAAAUAAUGUUAUUUAGAAACCAAACAUAUACAUUAGACUUAAAUCAACAAGGUCUUUUUUAAAUGUAUCGCUUUUGCUGAACAAUAAAAAAGUGAGCUUAUUGAAAUGAUAAA